AUGGUCUUCAUCUUCAGACACAACCUCCUCUACUUCACUGUCGUGAUCAAGGAUCUUAAAUUCUGUGCUGAUAGAGUUCUGCUUAGCAAGCACAAAGUCACAGCUAAAAUUGCAUGGGGAGCAGAAUGCAAGCAAUACGACACGAUGAUCACAGCGGAGACUGGUCUUCUUGGUCCAAGCACUGCAGCUCGCCUCAGAGUGGCCUGGAACGCACUGCCUUCUGAACUUAAACGCUAUGCAAAAAAGAUAUAUGACUACAUUCCUGCUUCCAUGCUGGCUGGCUUGAUACAAGGAAAGGGUGAAAACAGUGGCAAUCAGCUCUCAUUUACACUGGUUGCCACAUCUGACAGAACUAUUGACCUCAUUUUGAAAACCCAGACACAUACUGUCUAUAGGCUGGCUUUGCAUCUUCCAAUCGCUAUGCCACUUAAUGAAAUCAAAGGUCUCACCCCUUUCGAUGGCCUUGCUGAUAAAGUCCACUACUUGUUUGCCAAGGCUGGACCAGCUAAAUGCAGCUUGGUCAAAGACACACUGACCACAUUCAACAACAGGAGAUACAAGAACCAGAUGCCGUUGUCUUGCUACCAAGUUCUGGCACAUGAUUGUACCGAUGAGCUGAAAUUCAUGGUUCUGCUGAAGAAGGGUCACAUUGAACAAAACCAUAUCAAUGUGAAAAUUGCUGACAUUGAUAUUGACCUGUACCCGAAUAACACUGACGUGAUUGUGAAGGUCAAUGGAAUGGAAAUACCCAUCAACAACCUGCCACACCAGCAUCCCACAGCUAAAAUCCAGAUCAGGCCAAAGGGUGAAGGCAUCUCUGUGUACGCUCCCAGCCAUGGUCUUCAGGAAGUCUAUUUUGACAAGAACUCAUGGACGGUUAAAGUUGUGGACUGGAUGAAGGGACAGACCUGUGGACUCUGUGGAAAGGCUGAUGGGGAAAUCAGACAAGAGUACCGCACACCUAAUGGACGCUUGACCAAGAACGCAGUCAGCUACGCCCAUUCCUGGGUUCUGCCAGGCGAGAGCUGCAGGGACAACACUGAGUGCCGUAUGAAGCUCGAAUCUGUGCAGCUUGAGCGACAGGUAAACGACCAUGGCCAGGAAUCAAGAUGCUACUCCGUUGAGCCUGUGCUGCGCUGUCUGCCCGGCUGUUUCCCUGUGAAGACCACCGCCGUCACUGUUGGCUUCCACUGCCUGCCUGCUGAUUCUGCCCUGAAUCAUCCAGAGAGUCUUAGCAGCAUCAACGAUAACAGCGUGGACCUGAGGGAAAAAGCAGAAGCCCACCUCGCCUGCAGCUGCAAGGCUCAGUGUGCUUAA